UUCACUGCUCCUCCAAGAUGACUCUUUGCUGGCGAGCUCUCUUCCUCCUUUGCUGUGUCCUAAGCUGUGUGCAGUCCUUUUCUCCAUCUCCAGUCCUCCAGAGGAGUAAAUACAACGACUCCUUUAGCCUCACAAGGUCAACCCGAACACGUGUCCAGCAGCUGCAGAAGAAAUACAAGGAGCAGCAGUUGGGGAAUAAGCACUUCGAGGACAGAAGCCGGCAGUUAAAUGACCUGCCAUUGCUUUCUACAGAUUUCUACAGCUGGCUAAAGCUCACGGACUGGGAACGACUGCACAGUGCGUUUGUGGACAUGCAGGCCUAUUGGAAUAGGCUGGACCGAAAGAGAAAACAGCUGGAGGGGGAGGAAAAAGAGCAGAUGGUGUCUCGGGCCGUCGGCACCACCCUACCUCAGAACAUCAGGCACGUUCAGCAUGACCUGAGGGACCUGAUGAGCCAAGUCAGCAGCCAGAUGAGUUACAUGAGGAGUUCUUGGACAAAGCCAACCUUUCCUACACCAUUAAACCCUCAAAACAGAUCCCAAACGGUUUGGGACAGCAGUGUGGAGGGUUACAUCAUUCUGCGGGAUCUAGACCUUUACCUCACCAGGCUGGCAAGAGACUUCCUGUUUCUGGCUUCGAAAACACACUGAUGACUCAGUGCUGAAACAGAACCGUGACGACAAAAAACAGCAAAACUAAGAGAAGGCAA